AUGGAGGAUGUCACUGACUACAUCUACAAGUAUAAGAACUUCAACUUUGACAAACUCACUGCCACUGCAGAGUUCAUUGACACACUCCAAAGCUUUGAGGUCCGUGACACUGACACAUUCCUGGUCACUUAUCCAAAGUCAGGCACCAUAUGGACUCAAAACAUCAUCAUCUCCAUUUCGGAGCAAGACGGUAGUCUUGCUUCUUAUCCCAACAACUGGAAACACAUGCCGUGGAUAGAGCACACGAUCAAUGAGGAGGACUUCUCUCUACGACCUUCUCCCCGGCUCUUUACGUCUCACCUUGUGCCCCAUCUCAUGCCUCCUGGCUUGAAGAAUAAGAACGGAAAGAUUAUCUAUGUGAUGCGGAACCCAAAGGACAAUGUUGUGUCCUAUUACCACUUCUGCUAUGUCUAUUCUUGCUGGGAGACCCCCACGAGCUUUGACGAGUUUCUGGAGCAAUAUCUGGCAGGGAGCGUGGUUGCAUCAUCCUGGUUUGAUCACAUCAGGCAGUGGCACGCUGAGAGAGACCAGUACAACAUCCUGUUCCUGACAUACGAGGACAUGGUUCUGGAUCUGAAGGCAGCAGUAACUAAGAUCUCCAACUUCAUGGGGAAAAACCUGAGUGAGGCGGUCAUUGAUCAAAUUGUUGAGAAAACUACUUUCAAGAACAUGCAGAAAGACCAAAAGGCCAAUUAUGAGUUUCUGCCAGAAGAAAUCCUCCAAGGAAAAUUCAUGCGUAAAGGUAAGAUUGGUGACUGGAAGAAUAAGUUAACUGUGGCCCAGAGUGAGAGGUUUGAUCAGAUAUUUCAGGAGCGACUGGGAGAUAUGGACCUGAAGUUCAUCUGGGACACUGAGCCACAGCCGCAACCUUAG